AGACCAGUGGCACUCAGAUCAAUUUGCGGAACCUGUCAUUACCGGACGCUGCUGGCCUCGAGAAUGCUCAAAUGGCUGUUGAUCCUUCAGGAACUCAAACCAUCUAUAUGGUUGGCACGCCUCCUGGCAGCUCUGACCCAGUGGCUCGAAUAGCAUCUAUAAGCGAGCUACAAGAAGUACCUUUGAACAUCGACGGUAAUAACGACACUGGAGACAAUACGACGGAUGGCGCUGUCACCAACAGCGACCGUUCCUCGAAUAACACAGAAACGGCGCAAAUCCCGUUCAACGGAAUUCGAAUCGAUUGGUGAAAAAAGCCUGGCGUCGACUGCAGCAGCAUGGCCGUUCAUUGGCACGACCAGCGGAUCGUCAUCGAUCAAGCAGUACGGAGAUAUCCGAAACGUGGCUCAGAUACGACAGAUGGAUGUUUCAUCCGCCGAGCUCGAAGCAUUGGAACCAACAUCGCCACUUGCAGAUGGUGCCGUUGUUCUUGGCGGACUGUACCAAUUCACCCGCGACCCUCCCAUGUUCCUUGACGAGGAACAAAGCAGAGUUCCGAAAUAUGCUAUGCGCAGUAUCGUACACACUCCAGCUGGUAAUAGCAAAAACUACACGCUACACUAUUUUGUUAAGCAGGCCAAAAGUGCAUUUAUUCGAAAUGUUACAACGACAUGCGCCAUUGGCUCCGCUUCAAAUCGCGUUAUCCAGCACCGCGAUGCGAUAGCCAUGGAUCACAGCACUCGCCGCAGCGGACACCAAUAUCUCUGGAUUACAGAACCAUGUGUCCCACAGCAAUCCCUCCACUAUGUCCUUAGUGGCAGCGACAAGAGCAUUGAUGUCAGCGAUUACCCGUUCAAAGCCUGGUCUACCUACGCCAUGCUCGAUGCACUCAAGGACGUUCAUGCUGCAAACUAUGUUCAUCUUGGGUUGACCUCAUGGAGUUUCUACUAUGCAGAUCCCGAAGCGAUCUCUGAUUGGCAAAUAACCGGCUUUGACCAGACACAUUGUGCUGGCGAACGAAUCGCUGAGGCACGAUUAAAUCAAUGGAGCGCACCCGAGCUUUUCGCUACGGCAUCGAGUGAUAAUCGUCGCUGUUUCCGGCAAACAGCACAGCCAGCGUCCGAUAUUUGGUCUUUGGGAUGCAUCAUCUAUACUCUAGCAACAGGUCGGAGCCUUACCAUAGAUCACAAUCAGACUGCUCAGCUAAGCCGACGCGACCGUGACCAGCUUUUUAUUCAUGUAACAAGUGCUUGUAACGAAGCGGGUGCAGUGAACGAGAGCUAUCGCACAUUGCUCGAAGGCAUGCUACAACCAGAUCCAGCUAGACGAAGCACAGCUGCUAACUUGGCAGCUUAUUGGAAGGAGGCCAACGGUCUUUACGAUGAUGAUGAAGAGGAGAAUAACGAGGCCGAAGAAAGUGUGGUUACACCUUAAAAACCUACAAUCCAACCUUGUCCUACUUUAUACAUUAUAUACUUUUUUUUCUGUUAUUUUAUUAUACUUGUACUGAUACAUAACUCAUUCUACUUUUCCCCUUCUCACCACCACCUUUUUUUAUAUACAUUCCCUAUUACUGUUGAUGCUAUUAUUAUCUAAUAAUAAUGUCCGUAUGUACAUUUUAAAAAUAUGAACGCCUAAUCCCGGCCGGAAAUGUGAGUGCUGUAGAAGUGCUCGGUUUGUAAAAUAAAUUUAU